UUUUGCUUAAGUAAUGCAAACCUUUUUAUUUUUUGUAUUUAUGUUUUUGCAUUUUUCAUGUAAAAUAACAGUGUGAAAUUUGCUCUUUUCUGCUCUUUCUAUUGUAAUAUUUUACUUACUUUAUCUAACUGUUUUUAUUAAUAUACCAUAGCACAGAAAUUUCUAUGUGUUAUAAUAGAAGGAGAGAGAUAAAUGUAUAAUGUAUUUUCAAACUGUCUUUUAAUGAUUUGGUUAACUUUAAGAAAGAAUCUUUAAAACAAUGAGACAUGGCAUCACAUUAACGAUGAUGCGGAAUCCACGUUUCGUAAUAAAAUUUACAACGAAAGAAUCUGAAUAGAUUAAGCCAAGUAGUUUCCCUUGAUCGUAUCGGAAGUUAAAAAUACAUUAUUUCAGCGUCGCUUUUGGAUCCAAGGUUUCAGAGAAUAACGUUCUUCGAGGGCGGCUGAAAUUUCGUCGAGGAGGGACAAACGUAGCAUGUUGCACGAUGGAUGGACGUCUAUAAUUAUAUAAACUUGUCGCUACCUUAUAGAACCAAGGCCGCCUUAAUUUAUGAGAAUAAAAAUCCCUUGCUUAAAGUUGUGCAUAUGUUAUUUUUUGUCAUAAAGAUUGCAUCCAUAAUUGGUGACGUAGCUUUCUGAAGAUAGAUAAAAUUCCUUUCCGCUUACUCUACUGAAGUUACCAGAAAUCUCUUAUAAUUGAUAUUUAUGUUCUAUUUAUACAAUAUUUAUACAAUCAAUAUUAUUCUAUUAUUAUUAAUAUAAAAUUAAAAUAAAUAUAUAAAAUACCACAUUAAUUUUAUAUUAAUAGUAAUCUAUGUGUCAGUUCUGAAUAUUUAUGAUUGCUUAGUUGUUUCUUAGUUCACAAAAUUGAUCAUUUGUAUGAAAUAAUCACCGAAAUAUAAGAAAAAGCGUUUGAGCCUUCGAGGAAUAAUAAGAAUGAUAUUCUCUCGAUGAUGAAAUAUUGAUUUAGCAAGACACAAAAUGAGUAUAUUAAAACACAGUCCAUUUGAUAACGUAAUGCAGUGUGAUAUCAAUGGGCGUGUACAGUUUUAUUCCAAAUAAAUAGUAUCAAACCAUCGUAAUUCGCCAAAAAUUCUCACGAAGGUCGAUAUUCUGUCCACGAUCGGAGCACGUGUUAACUAGCAAUAGGCAAAGAAAGGUGAGAGGUGAAUCGGUGUAGUCCCAAUGAAAUUUUGGCAGUAGGAGGAGCACUAUAAAAUCACUGCUGAUUUCGGCUAUCCAUCAGUCUCCUCUUUCGAACGAGAGCAGCUACACACGAUCCUAUCGCCAACAUGAAAACAAUCAUUGCCCUCUACGCCCUCGUGGCCGUUGCUUUGGCGGCUCCCGCCAUCCCCGCUGAUAACCAGGUCAUUCUCGUGAAAGAGACGCCAUCGGACAACAUCGGCCUGGGCGAAUACCAAUUCGGCUAUGAGCUGUCGAACGGCGAGACGCGCCAGGAGGCCGCCCAGCUGGUGAACGCCGGUCAGGAGAACGCCAGCCUCGCCGUCCGCGGUAGCUUCAGCUGGGUCGACCCGGCCACCAACGUCAGGUACACCGUCAACUACGUCGCCGACGAGAACGGAUUCCACCCCGAAGGCGAGCACCUGCCUUCCGUCUAAAUUGUUCAUAAUCGAUUGCAAAUAUUAACCGAUUGUAAAUAGCGCCUCGUGUCCGAAUGUGACCGUGAGAUCGCUCCUAUCGCCUGGGAUGAUCCUGCCGACGUAGCGCUCUCCCGAUUUACAUCAUAUAAGCGUUACUAUGACUCCGUCCAUGUACAAUAGUUCUGAUCAUGUCAAAUAAAUAAGGAUUUUAUUUAAAAAAUACGGAGAAGAAUUUUUAUUAAGAACCGUGUUGAGAAUGUUGCAUUCUCUACCUCUCGAUAUGUAAUUAUAGUUUCAUCGUUGAGAGAACUAUAAUUACAGCUGUGCAUUGUAACACGACGUUGAACAUUUUGACAUCAGACAAAAAAUAUAGUGGCGUCUUCUGCAUUCCUUUUCACUUUCGAAGACUCGGGUAUAUCUUGGACUAAGUAACGAAAGCGUAAGAAAGUGAAACUAAAAGGAAUGUUUCGAUUUUGCUAAAUCAUUCACAUAGCUGAACGAUUACUGUGUAAUAUAAAUAUUCUUGGAUAUCCCCGUUGAAACAUUACUGUGUAAUAUAAAUAUUCUUGAAUAUCCCCGCAGUAGCGAAAUGUCAUAUAAUAUCUGGAAUUCUUGAUAUUAUACGGUAUGGAAUAUGAAUAUUUUUACAUCAGAAAUUUGAUUUUGCUAGAGCAUCUGCAUUAUUGAGGAAUUAUUUGCAUAAGAUGAUAAAAAGAUGUAAAAGAAAUGUUUUAAUUAAUACAUUUGUAUAAAAACUAAAAAAAAUAUUAAAAGUUCAAGAUCUGCGGAUGUAUAUUCCGUCACA